CUCUGUGACUGCAGGUUCUGCUUUCUUGUCCGGCCACGGAUCAAGACGAUGAGGUACAUCGCUGGUAUUGUCAAUGCUGACAAGAUGUCAGGGAGAAACAGGAAGUACAAGAUCAUCUUCAGCCCCCAAAAGUUUUAUGCUUGCGAGAUGGUGCUGGAGGAAGAGGGAGUCUUUGGUGAUGUUACCUGUGAUGAAUGGUCCUUCUACCUGCUCCCCCUGGACGAAGACAUCAUCAGUAUGGAGCUGCCAGAGUUCUUUCGUGACUACUUCUUGGAGGGAGAUCACCGCUGGAUCAAUUCUGUCGCUCGAGCCCUGCAGUUACUGAACUCCCUGUACGGACCUUUCGGCAAGGCCUAUGGGAUUGGCAGGUGUGCCAAGAUGAGCUAUGAGCUGUGGCGGGACCUGGAGGAGGAGAGCGAGGGUGACGGACAGAGCAGAAAGCCUGAGAUUGGCAAUGUCUUUCUUAUGGACAGAGACACAGACUACGUGACGGCACUGUGCUCCCAGGUGGUGUACGAGGGGCUGGUGGACGACACCUUCCGCAUCAAGUGUGGGAGCGUGGAUUUUGGGCCAGACGUCACCUCUUCUGACAAGAGUAUUAAGGUGCUGCUCAAUGCCCAGGACAAAGUCUUCAGCCAGAUUCGGAAUGAGCACUUCUCCAGCGUGUUCGGCUUCCUGAGCCAGAAGUCACGUAACCUGCAGGCACAGUAUGACCGGCGCCGCAGCAUGGACAUCAAGCAGAUGAAGAACUUUGUCUCCCAGGAACUGAAGGGACUAAAGCAAGAGCAUCGCCUGCUGAGCCUGCAUAUUGGUGCCUGCGAGUCCAUCAUGAAAAAGAAAACCAAGCAGGACUUCCAGGAGAUGAUCAAGGCUGAACAUUCUCUGCUGGAGGGCUUCGACAUCCGUGAGAGCACCAGCUUUAUAGAGGAGCACAUUGACCGGCAGGUGUCCUCCAUCGAGAGCCUGCGCCUGAUGUGCCUCCUGUCCAUCACGGAGAACGGUCUCAUCCCCAAAGACUACCGCUCCCUGAAAACGCAGUACUUGCAGAGCUAUGGGCCUGAGCAUUUGCUGACCUUCCACAACCUCAAGCGCAUCGGGCUGCUGACUGAGCAGUCGGCUGGAGAGACCCUGACUGCUGUGGAGAGCAAAGUCAGCAAGCUGGUGACGGACCGUGCUGCCGGAAAGAUCACAGAUGCAUUUAAUUCUUUGGCCAGGAAGAGCAAUUUUCGAGCCAUAAGCAAGAAGCUGGGGUUGAUCCCCCGGGUGGAUGGAGAGUAUGACCUGAAAAUGCCUCGGGACAUGGCUUACGUGUUCAGUGGGGCCUAUGUCCCCCUGAGCUGCAAGAUCAUUGAGCAGGUGCUAGAGCGCCGGAGCUGGCUGGGCCUGGAGGAGGUCGUGCGGCUGCUCAACGGCAACGAGUUUUCUGUUUCAGGUACCGCCAGCAGUGCUGGGCUGGGG